UUCACUCACUCCCCUCGCAAUCUCUUUCUCACACAGGCUGCUGGAAAAGAAAGAUUGAGAAAAAUAAGGAAAGUGGAUCUGGCUGGAGAUUCUGGAAGUGAGAGAAAGAGAUAGAAUUGUAAUUAAUAGAUUCUUGUAACUACCUAAAAUAUAAUUUAUUAAAAAAAUUAAUUAAUAUAAUUUAUUUUUCAUACCCAAUUUACCCUUAGUA